AGACAAAGCACAUGCUUUUGUUAACUGCUUUUUGUGGUCGUGGGCUGAUUGUUCGGAUAAAAUGGGGAAGUCGGCAUUCACGAUUACCUCAGUUCUCUUCUGUUGUCUCUCGACAUCUCCACUUUCUACCUCCUUCUUCCCUCACCCCUGUUUUUGGCCAUUUCGGUUAAUUGUGCUCAACCUGAUGGUGAAACUGAAACCCCAUUCUUUUUCUCUUUUCCAUUCUCCACGUGGCUUCUUUGUCCCCAUCGUUCACGAAAAGAUUGGUUGAAAUAUCUUUUUCCCAUCAUUAACUAAUAUAAAUACACAACUCCAUUCUGCGUUUCUCUUCAUCUAAUUACCUGAAAUUCUUGUUUCUGUCUCUGCUGCUUACUUGGAUUAAAGGAAAAUGGCUUCCCCAUCAAGUUUUUUUCUUCUGCUAGUUGUGUUGUCUCUUGGAAAUUUGGCUUUUGCGACUGUUUUUACGCUUCAGAAUCAUUGCAGCUAUACACUAUGGCCGGGAACACUCUCAGGCAAUGGCGCAGCAGUUCUUGGCGACGGCGGAUUCCCUCUAGCUCCCGGUGCGUCGGUGCAAUUGCCUGCUCCCCCGGGCUGGUCCGGGAGGUUCUGGGCAAGAACUGGCUGCGACUUCGAUGGCUCUGGCAAUGGGAAAUGCCAGACGGGUGACUGCGGCGGCACACUUAAAUGCAACGGCGGUGGCCUGCCACCCGUCACGCUGGCGGAGUUCACUAUCGGCUCAAGCAGUGGCAACAUGGAUUUCUACGACAUUAGCCUCGUCGACGGCUACAAUGUGGGUAUGGGCGUCCGAGCAAACGGAGGCACCGGCGACUGCCAGUACGCCGGUUGCGUCUCGGACGUGAAUGGAAUCUGCCCGUCGGAGUUGCAGGUGACUAAUUCGGGCUCCGUGGUGGCCUGUAAGAGCGCUUGCGCCGCUUUCAAUACGCCGGAAUUUUGCUGCACCAAUGAUCACUCAACGCCGCAGACAUGCCCUCCGACGAAGUACUCAGAGAUGUUCAAGAACGCCUGUCCGUCGGCUUACAGCUAUGCAUACGACGACGCUUCUAGCACAUGCACAUGUACCGGCUCCGAUUACCUCAUUAGCUUUUGCCCCUCCGGUUGAUCCAUUACUAUUCAACAUCUUUUUACCUUUAUCUUUCAAUUACAUUUUUACUUCAAUUUCAUGAAUCAUUAAAAGUCUUCUCUUUUUCUUUUUUAAAUAAAAAAAGAUAUUGCAAGCCAAUGCAAUAUUAAAUAGCAACUAACUUGGUUUAAAUUUUUUAAAUCA